AUGGGUUGCACCAAAAUCUCCAGCGUCAGCUCCAAGAUGUCGAGGAGAUGCUGGAUUAUGAUCCAACCAUCAGCCGCCAUGCAGUGCUUCCAUUUUCCACAAAUGGGUGGUUGGGCUGCCCAUGUCACUGAUGGUGUGCCUCCCAAUGCGCUUGGCUGUGUAUCGAUACAAGUCUAUAGCAAGUACAAGUUCGGUCUUCAUGAUGAGUACAAGAUCACCAACACUGUCAUGAUGGCAUACGGGAAGUUCCACGGUGACAAUCCAAAUGUGUGGAUGAAUGCUCUUCAAGACAUUCGGGACGCCAACUUCUCCGAAUAUCAAAACGAUUCGGUUUCAUCAAUCGAACAAGCUCUCCAUUGGGCUUUUCAAAUGUUCCAUUAUUUUGGAGAGGAGCAAAGCGCUGAAGAUCCUCGUAUACGUCCACAUCCUCCGGUACACGGCUCGAUGGAGUUACCAAGCAACUUCCUUAUGACGAAAGGGGACGAGCCCCUGCAACAAGUCAAUGACUACCCAAGGGACAGUAGCAGUCUUCUACAGAAACAUAUAGAUAUCAUCAUAUGA